AUGAUUUAUUACGAUCUCUUUAAGAAUAUUUAACUAAAUAUUUCAGAUUCUACUUUUUUAAAACAAAUAUCUUAUGAUCCUUCUAGUGUACCAAAAGGAGGAUUUAAUAAGGGAAUAAUUUUACUUUUAAAAUGCUCCUGCCCUUCUAGCUGCAUAUGUAAUUCUAAUAAGGAGAGAGUUUGGUAUCAUUAAUGUGGAGAACCUUUGUUCUUAACUGAAUAAGGUGACAUUUUAUGUAAAAAUCACUUAAAGAACUGUGCAGGAUAGUUCAUUAAAGAUGCCUUUUUUUAAUGCAACAAGGCAAAGCAAUCCAACACUCGUUAUCAGCAUCAAUAAAUGUCAAAUUUUCUAAUGGUACUAUCAAAGGUUAUUUCGAAUGCAGAGAAUAAUCUUGAUACAUUUGAACUAGAUUUUACUUAAAAUAUAGUUUAAUCAUUAUAGAAGCGAUGGUAUACCUGA